AUGUCCAACGCAAAGGCCAUAGGAACACCUGUAUGUCCAUCAACUACCUUGGAUGAAGAUAAAGAUGGUAAGAGUGUUGAUGAAACAAUGUAUCGAGGUAUGAUUGGCUCCCUACUCUAUCUUACAGCUGGUCGACCAGAUAUUAUGUUCAGCGUUUGCAAAUGUGCAAGAUAUCAGUCAUCUUCUAAAGAGUCCCACUUGACUGCUAUUAAACGUAUUAUUAGAUAUUUGAUAGGGACAGUCGAGUAUGGAUUAUGGUACGAAAGUUUAGAUAUCUUUGAUCUCAAAGAUUUUUCAUACGCAUAUUUUACAGGAGAUAAAAUUGACAGGAAAAGCACAAGUGGAACAUGCCAAUUACUUGGAAAAUCUCUUAUAUCCUGA